UCCUCUCAUUCUCUUGCUCCUCUAUUCUCAUCUUGCCACCUAGACUGAAGAUGGAACGUGUCAGCAUAAUCAAACAUGUCUGUUCCACAGAUCUCAUCAUCCUUGAAACAAGUGUAAGGGCACUCGCAUACUGGCGGCCUAUCGUAUUGUUAGUUUAGCCAUGCUGAAUUGGGUCAAGAACUGGAAUACGUACAAGGACUGCGCUGGGGAAUCAAAGAUAUCCCUCAAAGUACUUUGAUGGUCAUACUCGAUCGUUUUGUAGGGUCGAUUUCUCUCAAAAAGGAUAGUAUCCCACUUCUUCUUUGUGGAAUCUUUGAUACAUCCCAGUAGUUUGAUUGAGGGUAUCUCCUUCAUAUACGAGUACAUGAAGGUGAGAAGCCAGUCCAUCAUGACUCUCCAGCAGGGGUACUUUCGCAUCCAUGAAAAUCGUUGCUGGUUCGCCUUAUCGAAAAGACAAUGUCUCCGUAUAAACUUGGUCCAAGGUGUCUCCGCAUUUUCUGCAUACGGGUCCGGCAAAUCCAGUUCCAGAGUUUUGACAGACUUUAUCCCGUCAAUCAUUCCAUAUGCAUAAGUAUGCUUCAGGGCUCCAUCCUCAUUCAGUUUAACCCCGGAAAACGUCAUGAACUGGCAAAGAGUAAAGGAAAAUCGGAUUUUUGUGAGCCAGUCCUUCACAGGUGGUGGGACAGCAAACUGUACGACUUCUAUAGAAGUCGAUGGAUCGUUGAAGUGUUUUAAAGACGCUUUCCAUGCUACCCACAAUGCUUCUUCCCGGAUUAUCUUGCUGACUUUAAAUAUAGCAUAAUUCGGUGUGGGGAUAGAUUCGAUCAGAUACUGGUCGGUCUCGGUGAGUCUGGUGCCAUCCCGACGUUUUUGGAGCGAGAGGGCUGUAGCCGGCGAAGCGUUGGAAUUCUUGGAACCUAGCACGACGUGUAGUUGCUUGCCGUUUUGCGGUUCUAUUGCAUCUAGCAUGAUACGCUCCCCACAUACAUAUUUCAAGAUCUCUCUGCGGAGCUCUCCGGGAAGUUGCAUAAUGGGGAAGACAUGCUGUCUGUCACUG